CUCAGCCACCUGUCCCCGGGACUCACAGCCAAGAACUCCGGGCUUCAAUUAAUCAGUGGAUUCUGAGCUUUGGAAACCGUCUUCUGGAUAUUAAGCCAAGCGGCGUGAAUGAAGAUCAUUAAAUGGAGUUGGAGCAGCAUCUUUGUCAGUGAAGGCUCUCAUCUGAAGGAGACCCUUGCCAUCGUGUUCUUCGUAGGAAACAUUGCCUUUGUGAUAGCGCAGGAUAAUGCACAGACGUCCAACAGCCUUGAAGAAGGAGCAGAUGUCACUGCGUAUUGGUGGGGGGAGUGGACCAAAUGGACGGCGUGCACUAGGACCUGUGGGGGAGGAGUCAAGUCCCAGGAGAGGCAUUGCCUCCGGCAGAGAAGGAAGUCUGUGAGUGGGCUUGCUAAUAAAACCUGCACUGGGACAUCCAAAAGAUACCAGCUCUGCAAAGUACAAGAGUGCCCGCCCAACGGAAGGAGCUUUCGGGAGGAACAGUGUUCAUCGUUUAACUCCCAUGUGUAUAAUGGAAGAACGUAUCAAUGGAAACCUUUAUAUCCUGAUGACUAUGUUCACAUUUCUAGCAAGCCCUGUGACCUCCAUUGCACCACUGUGGAUGGUCAGAGACAAUUGAUGGUUCAAGCUCGGGACGGAACAUCCUGCAAAUAUGCUGAUUUCCGAGGGGUUUGCGUGUCUGGAAAAUGUGAGCCGAUUGGAUGUGAUGGGAUUCUAUUUUCCACCCACACGCUGGACAAAUGCGGGGUUUGCCAAGGUGACGGCAGCAGCUGCACCCACGUUACAGGGAGUUACAGAAAAGGCAAUUCGCAUCUCGGCUAUUCUCUGGUGACGCACAUUCCUGCGGGAGCAAGAGAUAUCCAGAUAGUUGAACGGAAAAAAUCUGCGGAUGUUUUGGCUGUUGCAGAUGAAGCCGGGUACUAUUUUUUCAAUGGGAAUUACAAAGUUGACAGCCCAAAGAAUUUCAAUAUUGCAGGCACGGUGUUCAAGUACAGGAGGCCUAUGGAUGUUUAUGAGACUGGCAUAGAAUAUAUCGUUGCACAAGGGCCAACUAAUCAAGGCUUGAACAUAAUGGUAUGGAACCAAAAUGGCAAGAACCCAGCCAUCACUUUUGAAUACACCCUUCUAAGGAAGCCACAUUCAAAAAACAUGCAGCCCAUUUACUACACGUUUUCCGAAUCUGAUAGCGAGGAAAGCAGGGAGUUUGAUGGAGAAGGCCCUUUGGGGUUCAUCCAGCACAAUGCAACCUACUUUGGGAAACUCUCCAGGGAAAGCAUCGAUUUGGAGAACCAGGUGUUUGGCACACAGGACACGGCGGAAGAUCUCAACCUGAGCAAAGGUCAGGAGACCAAUGAAGUGUAUGAAAGAGCGGAAGCAAUUGACUGUGAGCCGAAACUGAAGGGCAAACAGCCCAAAGAUUCAAAUGCAACCAGAUCGACUUACCAGACAGACAGGGAUGACAGGGACUUUGACUCGAGAUUUACCUCCAAGGAGUUCCUCUCGGAAAAUGCAAUCACGGACAAGCUUCUGGACAAGACCUCGGACUCUAAAGAGUUAGUCCUGAACAUGACCAUGAACAGCAUCUUUGCCCAAGGGGACCCGGUAAACUCUGUGGGGCCACACAUCGACAGCCUUUAUGUUGACUACGAGGACAACGAAGGGAUGGUGACCUACACUGUCAACGGCACCUACAUGGAGCUGACCAACGACAAAACCAUCAACACAUCUUCGGAGACUCAGCUCUCAAACACUAACAUCACCGUGACCAGCCCUCAAGGGAACAGGACCCACAAAGCAAGAAACAGAUUGAAGUUGUUAAGAAAGGGCCAAGGUGUGAGUGCUGCUGACAUGUACAGGUGGAAGCUUUCCUCCCACGAACCCUGCAGCUCUACAUGUACCACAGGAGUGAUGUCCACGUAUGCAAUGUGUGUUCGUUAUGAUGGGAUCGAAGUGGAUGAUACGUACUGUGAUGCCAUGACCCGUCCUGAGCCUGUCCAUGAAUUCUGUGCUGGAAGAGAAUGCCAGCCAAGGUGGGAGACGAGUAGCUGGAGCGAGUGCUCCCGCACUUGCGGUGAAGGGUACCAGUUUCGCAUUGUCCGCUGCUGGAAGAUGAUCUCCCCUGGGUUCGACAGCUCUGUCUACAGCGACCUGUGUGAAUCUGCUGAUAUUACCAGGCCGGAUGAACGCAAGAUCUGCAAGAACCCAGCCUGUGGGCCUCAGUGGGAAAUGUCAGAGUGGUCAGAGUGCUUGGCCAGGUGUGGGGAGAGGAGCGUGGUGACCAGGGACAUCCGGUGCUCAGAGGACGAGAAGCUCUGUGAUGCCACCACCAAGCCGCUAGCCGAGAAGAACUGCACGGGCCCCCCUUGCGACCGGCAGUGGACUGUUUCCGACUGGGGACCGUGCAGCGGCAGCUGCGGGCAGGGGAGGAUGAUCAGGCAUGUGUACUGUAAAACCAGCGAUGGGCGCGUGGUGCCGGAGUCGCAGUGCAACCUGGAGACCAAGCCGCUGGCGAUCCACCCCUGUGGGGAUAAGAACUGCCCUUCGCACUGGCUGGCACAGGACUGGGAACGGUGUAACACCACCUGUGGCCGUGGGGUGAAGAAGAGGAUAGUGCUGUGUCUGGAGAUCGUCAAUGGGAAGAUAAAGACACGGAGCCCCUCCGACUGCGACGUCACCAAGAAACCGGUAGAAGAAAGCACCUGCUUCGAGCGGCCUUGUUUCAAGUGGUACACGACUCCCUGGUCUGAGUGCACAAAGACCUGUGGCAUCGGAGUGAGAAUGCGUGAUGUGAAAUGCUACCAGGGGAAGGAUAUUGUUCGUGGCUGCGACCCCCUUGUGAAGCCGGUUGGGAAACAAACCUGUGACCUGCAACCCUGCCCUACUGAGCCGCCAGAUGACAGCUGUCAGGACCAAGCUGGAACGAACUGUGCUUUGGCAAUCAAAGUGAACCUCUGCAGCCACUGGUAUUAUAGCAAAGCUUGCUGCAGGUCCUGCAGGGCCCCUCAUUCCUAGUGGCGAGGUUAGAAGAAGGACUUCGGGUCUCAGACUUGGAAGGACCGGAGGGUAGUCUGCUCACAAGCAUCCGGCGUUUGGCUAGAGCGGUAACAGGCAAGAGGUGGGGAACACCCCGGUUGCAUUCACCUACUUCCAGAAAGCCAUCGCUCUGGAGAGCCAAGUGUGCCACGGACUUGCGCUGCGGCUGUUUCCUCCCACCGCUGAAAAGAUACCACCCUUGUUCCUCUCUCUCCUUCCUCAUAACAGAGGGAAAUGGCACCAGCAGAAACGACAGCUCCGUUACUACUGUAUAUGGGUAGCCUCUGACGAUUGAGAACUGUACAUAGCAUCUUGUAUAUUUGAUUCAUCCUAGCUCCAAAACAUUCCCGUGUCUUAAAAGGGCUCUCCUUCAUGUGCUAUUCAACAUGGGAGUUUUAGAUGGAUGAUGGUAAAGAGCAAACCACGCAACAUGGAAGCACCACGAUCUUCUCCCUAGCAGGAGGUCCUCGUACCUGCUUUCUGAUUUAGCCCCUACGCCUGUCUUCUAGCCUUCACUGCCUUUCUGUAAUGGCAGGAAGCUGAACUUCAUUCCUUCAACGACCUUAAGCCAAAGCCCUUUGUGUAAUAUGUAGGUGUAUACUUUUUCAGAGAAUUUUAUCUUAUAAUCAAACUUCAGUGCCAUAGCCCUCAUAAAAAUCAUAAUGCUGACAUAAUGUAUAUAAUAAGGAAACAUAACUGCACUUUAUAUCACAGAAAAGAUGUGCUCUUUUUAAUAUAUUUGUUUACAAACAGUGACCUUUAUCCCUAUAAUCAUUAAUUUGUACUCGUAUGUAUAUUUUAAUAAAAUUGUCAUAUUUAUGAUGGUA